AUGAAGUGUAUUUGGCGCUGUGUGCAGAAGGAAGGUCUUGCUACAUUCUACAAGGAUGACGAUGAGGUGAGGCGACCAGUGAGGAGAGCUGAAGCCUUGCCUCUGGGUCCCAUGGACAAGGUCGACGACGUCUGGCUUGAUGUCAUCGCUGAGAGUCCUGCAGGUGCCAAAGUCCGAGCGUUCAUGGACUACGUUACCACAACGUGGGUGGAAGGUCGCCAGUUUGGACCAGAAGUUUGGAACCUCUUCGGCAAUCCAGGACAUCAAACCAACAACGACGUCGAGGGAUGGAACCACAAGAUAAACAAGCUUGUGAGGAAGAGCCAUCCGAACGUUUUUGAGGUCGUCAAACUGUUUCAGCGAGAACAGUCCAAGUCGCCAUCCAACGGAUCGGAGCAGACUGGACAGCCCCACCCAGGGAGAGAAAGUACAGGCAUAUUGACACCCGCCUGCAGUCACUGA